AGUACCUCAGAAGCAUUGGAUCAAGAGAAAGAAGAAGUGUUCCCAGAUCUACCAAAUGAAGUUACCCAAGCAAGUGAACUGCAUGAUCGAUCAAGACCUAUUCCAAGAUUUUGCAGGGGAGAAAGCUCCCAAUUAAGGGAGACUUUAGAAGAUGAUAUGGAAACGGGCCGAUUGAUAAGCAAGAACCAGAUAAUCGAAGCAGAAGCAGAGGAGGGUACACUAAAAGCCAGAAAGGUAGAGCCUAAGAAACGGAUGUCAACUGAUCAUAGGAUACCUUUGGAGAUGCCAGAAUCAAAAUGGUUGAUUCAGCCUAACGCAACUUACAAAGACGAGAUAGAUUGGCUCAACGGCAACAGUGAAGAUGACAGUGUGGUUCAUGGCGGAUUCAUCUGUUCGUCUAUUCCCUCUGAAUACAAGCACAAGGUCAAUGCCUGCUAUGAUAAGAGGAAGCGUGGUCUUCUGAUGGACGGUCUAGAUCAGACCUUUGGAGCAUGUUGGUGGCCCACAAGAUCGGACCGCGAUCUCUGUUUCAUAACAGAAACCAGAACUUCGUUUUUGAAGAGGAGACGUCCAGAUGACGGUUUGCCAUGCAAGUCUUAG